AUGAUGGUGGCCGCCUGUCUGGGCUCUCCUGGUGGAUAUGGCGGCCAUGGUGGAUAUGGAUAUGGUGGCCAUGGUGGAUAUGGAUAUUCUCAUGCCAACUUUGUCUUGAGGGGCAAGGGUGGUUACAGUUUUGGUGGUCCUGGAAACGCUGGCGUUCACGGUGCUAAAGGUGGAUAUGGUUAUGGUGGAGGUUAUGGUGGAGGCUAUGGUGGCGGCUAUGGCGGCGGCUACGGUGGUGGCUACGGUGGCGGCUACGGUGGUGGAUACGGUGGUGGAUAUGGUCAUGGUGGCGGAUAUGGUUACGGUCGCUGA